UGAGGGCCGGCUCCGUCGUUCUCAAAGGGCAUUAGUAACAACCUCCAGACCUUCCAAAGGCGGAGGCAACGGAAGGGAGGGGGAGGAUGCAAAACCGAGUGCAAACUGCUCCCUACCAGCAGCUUCGCCUCGGUAUCAAGCCCUUUGCAGCUGAGCGAUCUCGGCACAGCCAGCGUCUCCUGGGUACCCUUCAAAGGCCCGUGCGCCGUCAGCACGGAGACUCAGUAGAAGGCGAGGCGGCAGCGAGGACCUUACCCUAGAGGAGCCCGGGAGCCGCAGCCCCUCCCCGCCAGCCCCGUCGGCCGGCUUCGCGCCGCGGAGCACGGGCGGCCCCGGAAGGCGGAUGUGGUUCCGGGUGGCGCGGCGCCAUGGAUUCGCUGUGGCGGCUGAAGCGGUUCGAUGCCUUCCCCAAGACCCUGGAAGAUUUUCGGGUCAAAACGUGCGGGGGCGCGCUGGUGACGGUUGUCAGCGGGCUCAUCGUGGUGCUGCUUUUCUUCUCGGAGCUGCAGUACUACCUCACCAAAGAGGUUCACCCGGAAUUGUACGUUGACAAAUCGAGGGGAGAUAAACUGAAGAUCAACCUGGACGUUAUUUUCCCACAUAUGCCUUGUGCUUAUUUGAGCAUUGAUGCCAUGGAUGUAGCAGGAGAGCAGCAGCUGGAUGUAGAGCACAAUCUGUUUAAACAACGUUUGGAUAAAGCUGGCAAUCGUGUGACUCCAGAGGCUGAGCGACAUGAGCUGGGGAAGGAAGAAGAAAAAGUGUUUGAUCCAGAUUCUUUGGAUGCCGAUCGCUGUGAGAGCUGUUACGGGGCAGAGUCAGAGGACAUUCGGUGUUGUAAUACUUGUGACGAUGUCAGAGAAGCAUACAGGCGGCGAGGCUGGGCCUUCAAGAACCCGGAUAGCAUAGAGCAGUGCAAGAGGGAAGGGUUUAGCCAGAAAAUGCAAGAGCAGAAGAACGAGGGCUGCCAAGUGUAUGGUUUCCUAGAGGUCAACAAGGUAGCUGGAAAUUUCCACUUUGCACCAGGAAAAAGUUUCCAACAGUCUCAUGUCCAUGGUAAAGUAUUUUCUUUUCCUGCUUAUUGUGACCUUUAGCUUCCAAGUGUAUCUGACCAUUUUCUUUGAAUGUCUUUGCACUGCUAUCCAUAAUAGCGAUGACACUGCUGCGGUGAGGAGGGCAUUGUUGAAGUUUUGUUACAGAGGUUUAGAACCAUCGUGAACAAAUAGAAGUGUUUUCUGGAGGUGCUGCCACAUGGGUGUGGAAGAACUUGGGAGGAGAAUGUUUAUGGGCAGUCUGACAGUCUCACUGGUUCCACAGAACUG